AAACUUGACUUCCUGUUUACGUUAGCGCCGGAGUAAAUUUUGUGUUUUGACAUGCGAAUACAAUGGAUCAUCAUUAUGAUCAUAUGAUAACAAGGUUUUAGAGGAAAAUAAUCAUUUAAUGAUAGAUUCUGAAGAUGAGUACCCGUCCCCGACCAGUCACUGCCACAGUAACAAAGCCAAAAUGGAUGGAGCCCCAUGUAAUACCACGAAGGUCAAGGUCACUGGAAUCUAAUGGUUCCACAGCAUCCUUGACCUCUGUCUUAGAUCACGACAGUUACGAGAGUCCAGACAUCAGUGAAGAUGAAUGGGGGAGAGAGGAACUCCGCAGGAAUGUGGAAAACGAGGAGAAGACGAUUGAACAGGAUCGCAGGGCAGCAAGAAACAGGUCCUCCUACAAGGGAAAUGCCGCAGCCAAGACAAGGGCUGCCGUAAAAAGCCAGGAUAGGGGCAAAGUGCAACGCAAAAAUCGCAUAACAUCUCAUCAGAGAGACAGGUUCUCGGACUAUGACACAACAGACCACAGUGAGAAUGGCACUGGAUUGUCUCCAUGGGAACAGUGGCUGAUUCAGAAAACGAAGGAGGAGCGAGUGAAGAAACAGCAAAUAAAGAAACACAAACAGGAAGUUCGACAGGAGAAGGAACAGAGGGCGAAGGAGAAAAAGCAAAUGGAGGAGCGGGCUGAGGAGAGGAGAAGGGAGUGGAUCAAACAGAAAAAUUACGAGGAGAAAUUACGACAGAAAUUAGAAAAUCAGAGAAUUCAAACAGAGACUGAAAUAAAGGCCCAGCAAAAUAUGAUAACAAAAAUGAAAGCUGAAAGGAAAUUUGAAGAAUGGAAAGAGAAAAAAGAAGACAUGGAUAGAGAAAAGAAAGAAAAAGAAAUGCAAAAGAAGAGAGAAAUAGAGUUAGCAGAAAAGUGUAAACAAAUUAAAGCACAACAGAAAUACGAAGAAUGGCUGAGAAGUGCGAAGAAUCGUCCGAAAUCCUCACAGAGUUUUGGAUACUCGGGAGGAAAAUUAACUGGUUACCACGACACUGGCGCAUACCCAGCACCAUCUUUCUAUAACCCUAUACCUUGGCAUCCUAACCCGAUUCCAAAACCUCAAAAAACAGAGCGACCAAAAUCCCGAUCCCGAUCCCGAUCAAAGAAAUAUGUCUGGAACCCGGACAAGUACCUGUGACAUUCCAAUGUGUAUGGAUUUUGAAUGGUUGAGAACCAUGGUACUGAUUUCAAAUCUUUCCGGAAGAAUUUAAUUCCCUCUGUAGAUACUGGAUAUUAGUUCUCAUCUUUCUGGCACAUGCUGUAAUCCCCGGAUGUGCAGUCUUGACCAGGAACAGUACUGUAGUUACUGUAGUAGUUUGUAUUGCUGUUGGAUUAAGUGUGUGUGAUAAAAUUUGAAAUGUUUAAAAUUUUCUAUUUCCACAACAAUCCAAAGAUAUGGCCAUAUUAUUUAUUUUUUAUUCAUGAACAUUUACGAGAGAAGAUUUAUAUCUCGAAAUAAUCCCUGCUAAACCGUAGAGGCUCAUAAUUGGUUCAAAGGUCGUUUACUGUGUAGUGACCGUGAACCAUGAUCAUUUUGCUAGGGUCAAGGUUUUUAAUUAAUAAAAUUAGAAAUAUU